AUGGCAAGAACAUGGCAGUGGCCAAAGGAGGAGUGGGCCUAUAGAUUAAUCCCCUGUUUGACCGGAAAAGCCCUGGAGGCCUACACAGCCAUGGAUGAAGAUCGUUCCAACUGCUACCCAGACCUGAGGGAGGCACUGCCUCUACGUACCGCUGGGGUGAGGCCUGAACGAAAGAAUAAGGACCAGUUAGGAGAGACCAUCAUUCUGGAGCAGCUCCUGCAGGUGUUUCCUCCAGACAUCAGGAUGUGGGUGAGGGAGCAUGAACCGGAAGAUGGUCUGACGGCAGCAAAAUUGGCCCUAAAGUUCCUGAAUGCUCGGAGGGGAGCCACAUCACGUCCAACACGAGGGGAUACCAGGGAGAACAUCGGCCAUCGAGACAACUUUGAAGGUAAUCGUGGGGUGAAUGUUAAGGGACAGACUGCUUAUUCAGCAAUUAAGACUUUAGUGUGCUAUCAUUGUCAACAGCAGGGACACAAGGCAUCUGUUUGCCCCCUGAAGAAACCAAAAGUGACUGGACUAUGUUAUGUGCCUAGAAAGAGUGACCAGAGUGAUCACCAGGACAAGGAAGGGGAAUCUAGAUCUGUUCCAGUUAAAAUUAAUGGCAAGCCUGUAACUGCUCUCCUUGACUCUGGAAGUUCUAUGUCAUUCAUAAGAAAAAGAUACGUGCCGUGUACUAUUGACUACAGUCAGCAGACAGAGGUGUUAUGUGUACAUGGUGACUGUAAGCCAGAGCCACAGGUAGAACUGAUAGUUGAGGUGGAUGGGCAAAAGUAUCUGAUGACAGUGGGGGUGGUGGAGAACUUACCAGUGGAGAUGCUUUUGGGGAGGGAUUUGCCUGUGUUAUAUGACCUCCUAAGCAAAGGUAACAGUCUUGCUAGAGCUAAUGAACCUCUGUCAGAACCAAAAAUGCAUGUCUCUUGUUUUGUCAUGACAAGGUCUCAGGCAAAAACCAAAGCUCUGUCUGGGCUACAGCCUCUGCCAGACUUAUGUGGUAGUCUGUGCAAGGCUGGAACCAAAGGGCCCAGAAAGACACGUCGGCAACGACGUUUAGAGAAACAUGCUGGUACACCUGUGACUUGUGAAAUGCCUGAAAGUGACUUAUCAGAUCUUAAGUGGGAGGUGCCAGAGAACGUCGCUGUGUUACAACAGUCUGAUCCUGUCUUAAGGUCUGUGUUUACCAAGGUUCUGAACUCUGCUAAUCACACGGCCCAAGUGGGUGGUGCAAUGUAUGUUCUGCACAAUGACAUCCUUUAUGAGGGGGAGGAGCCAGGUAGCAGGAGGUUAGUGGUACCAGGUAAAUGCAGAUCAUUAGUACUACACCUUGCACACACCAUUCCAUGGGCAGGACACUUAGCACACUAUAAGACAUAUCUCAGGUUGGCCUCUCGGUUCUUUUGGCCUUCAAUGUAUACUGAUGUGCAGACGUAUUGCAAAACAUGCCCAGAGUGUCAGAAAACCAGUGCUGUCCGCAUCCCGGAAGAGAUCUUGACCGACCAGGGAACCAACUUUACAUCCAACUUGAUGAAACGGCUGCAUAAGGAGUUGGGCAUUACUGCAAUCCGGACCUCUCCGUAUCAUCCUGAGACGGAUGGUUUGAGAAGUACCGCAGCGUCCACCGGAUUCUCACCAUUUGAGCUGCUUUAUGGAUGGCCAGUCCAGGGCCCCUUGGAUCUGCUGAAACAGAACUGGGAGGAGAAAGUGACUGAUAAAGCUGAUGAGGGGAAAGGUGUUGUGCAAUAUGUCCUCCAAAUGAGGGACCGGGUUGGAGCAGUACCGGAGGAGGCGCAGACAUAA